GUUUGCCUUCACCGUUUCCCGUUCAAUGUUCUUGGCAUCAAGAUGAGCAGCGCAUUUCCAUCAACAGCUGCCACACCAGCUCCCUCAUCCCCUCCUCCACCGUCAGAAUCUUACCUCUCAGAGCUAGAUGGUACUGCCCCAAGUUUGCUCGAGACGACCGUCGGUACCAAUACAUUUGGCGUCGAGCCAGCAUGGGAUAGCAUUGGCGGCGGUCUGGAUAGAUUAAAUCUUGUAUCUUGGAAGGCUGAUGUGAAUGCUCACGAAGGGGUUGGCGUCGAGAAACGCGGAUUCAAUGCCAUAUCCACCGUACUCAGCCAUCCCACCAAACGUGCCGAUCCUCUAAGAGGCUCGAGGAAACCCCUUCCGCCAUUAACUCAACCUCCCCCUAGUCUCACUAAACCACCUCCAGCCACUCAGUACGACUCUUACCUUUCAACUGUCAUGCCUCUAUACGAGUCCUUCACGGCGGCGCAAGCAGUAACUUCGGGAGUAGAUGGCUCAAAGGCCGACGUAGAUCUCCCAUCGAUUGACGCCGUGCCGUCUGUUGUCUUCGACUCCAGCUUCAGUCUUGCCGAUCCAUCAACUUGGGAAGCUCUUACCAGCUCAUCAUCAGAUAAUUUACCGGAUGGAAGUAUUCAAGAUCAACUAUCAACCCAUCUAGAUACUCUCGAAAGGCAUUUGUUGUACGAAAUUACUUUACGCAGCACUUCGUUUUUUUCUGCUCUAGCAAACUUACAAGACCUUCACUCCGAAUCAUCGGGAUGUUUAAGACAAAUCACCUCUCUGCAAUCUUCGUUACGCGGCAUUUCCACCACGCAAGCGACCAAGGGAUUAGCCAUCAUUGAUUCUCAAGAGAGGCUACACGUGCUUAAAGCUACUGCUAAGGGAGUGGAGGCGUUGGGCGAAAUAGAGGACGUUAUCCGGGUUGCCGAGAGGCUCGUCAACGAAGGAGAUUGGGGAGGUGGUUUGAGUGAGGUGGAGGAUGUAGUGAGAUGGUGGAAUAAAUAUUCUGGACAAGGGAACGAAAGCGAGCUUCCACUAGCGUCCUUGGCGGCCUUAUCAUCUCUUCCCAGCAGAGUCACCUCCCUCGUCAACCUUAUCUCGACUUCUUUAACGUCCGCACUCAUAUCCUAUCUUACCUCUCUCUUUUCCCGACCUAUAAGCCAAUCGCCUUCAUCAGAUGAACUCAAGGGAGCACUGGGACCUAUGCUAGAAGGGAUAGUCAAAUGUGGUAAGGUGGGCGAAGUGGAAAAUUUAUGGACUGAGGUGGCCACCAUUGGGAUAAGGGAGGAGUCGAGAAAGGCUUUGCCCUUGAACGACGAAGAUUGUAGCGGUAAACUUGAAACAAGAGGAAACACUUUGGCGCAGCUCAUACAAUCCAUGGACCACUCUGCAUUCUUAUCGCUUUGUACGAAAAUGUACGAUGUACUGUUGGCGAGAAUAACGACGGUGAAGAAGGUGGGAGAGAUUAUGGAAGAAGUUGUUCAAUCUUUAUCGUCCACCUCUCCGCUCUCUAUCACUUCGAAUCCCCAUCCUCAUCCCAACCAAGCCCCAAAUAUCUCGCUUUCGGAAACACUGCUCUCAUCUGUCACCCUCGCCCACACCCGCCUUUCCAAAAUCCUAUCCGUUCGCACUUCCCCACAUUCCUUUCUCGCUCUAAAAUCGUUCCUGAUCAUCUACCAACUCACUUUCCAGUUCAUCACUUCUUCUGAAAAGAUCAGCGGACGAACAAUCGUCCCGCUCCGCGGUGUUUUGGCUUCCCAGGCUAGAAGUUGGGUUCAAGAGUGGCAUCAGGAACGUCUUACCAAAAGCGCAAGGCUUGUCGAGGAAGAGAUCUGGACGCAGGUCGACGUCAAGGCUAAGAUUCAGCACUCUGUUGAUCUGAUUGUCAAGGCCGAGACAGCCGAUCCGGAGGAGUGUAAACUUUCUACGGGCGAGGACGAUGAUGCAAGCGAGAAGGAAAACGAGGGUAAAGAUGAUGAUAAAGUAGUGGGGAAGCAACUUCACAUCCGAAGCAAGAAUUUUUUUGUGGUAAAGGCGACGGCUGAAAGUUUGGCGCUCUUGUCGGAGUAUGUCGGUGUUAUAGUCAACUUGGGAGAAGUGGGCGGCGAUGUUAUAAGCAGGGUGAUCGAAUUCUUGAAGAGCUUCAACUCGCGAACAUGCCAAGUUGUCCUCGGUGCCGGUGCAAUGCGCUCAGCAGGCCUAAAAAAUAUCACCGCAAAACAUCUGGCGCUGGCGAGUCAGUCCUUGUCAGUGGUGAUAGUUUUAAUGGAUAGUUUCAAGGGACUGGGCAAACGGUUUAUGGGGGAGAGAUGGGGUCUUUUGGAGGGAGAGUUUGGGAAGUUGAGACGGGAUUACGAGGAGCAUCAGAAUGAAAUUCAUUUGAAGUUGGUGGCUAUUAUGGCUGAUAGGCUGGCAGUGCAUAUCGGUUCUUUGCGUCAAAUCGACUUCAAUGCCUCAUCAGCAACUCCAACGGGUCCUCAUUCUUAUGCUGAAAUGCUUGUCAAAGAAUCUUCUACCCUUCAUAAAGUGCUCACCAAAUAUCUCGGACGCGAAGAGGUGGAGAGUAUUAUGAAGCGAGUGGUAGGGGAGAUUGGAAGGCGGUUGGGCGAGGAGUUCGGGAAGAUUGUGGUGCAGAAUGAGGAAGCAAAGAAGAGGAUGUUGCAAGAUGUGGCGCUCAUCUCCAUCCGGCUGAAACCGUUAUCGAAAGCAGGCGAAGACGAUAUUGUGAAACUCGAGAAUGUUGUCAAGGGAAAGACCGUUCGGGAAACAGAGGGGAAGAUGGAAGUCAAAAAGGAAAGUCAGACUGUUCAAGAAAUACUGGAAGAGGCUGAGGGGAAGGAAAAGGUAGAAGAGAAAACUGACAUGGGUCAAAAGAAAAUGGAUGGGGCGCAAAAAAUUCACGACUCCGAAUUAGCGCCGUUAUCCAGAAAGCCAACUGCCACUGAGCCACUGACCCCUUCUAUUGACCCUUCCGAAACGCCUUUAUCCACUGUUGCUCCUCCCACUUCUCUCGCCCCCGCCCCUCGCGCCCUUGUUGACAAAGCGUACGAGGCUAUCACCCCCCAUCCUAACAGUCAAAUUCAAUCUGAGGACCCGGCUCCACGCUCGACAUCGAGCGAUCCUUCUGAAGCCGCCGAGACCAAGGCCGAUGAGCAGAAGCAGAGGAAAUUGCAGGGUACUGUUCCCGUUGUUGAGGCAGAGGAGACUGAGAAAAAAGCAGAGGAGACUGAGAAAAGAGGAGAGAAUAGCGAGGCUAAGUACAAUGAGUCGAAAAGCCCGGGUAAACAGAGACAGAAGGAUAAGGAAGAUCUGGAGAAGACAGAAUCGGAGCAGGAAAAGGACGUGAAUAGCGUAAAGGAAAACGGCGCGGAACUGACAGAGAAGAAUGAGCCUAUUGAUGGCGAGCAAGUACAGCCUGUUUCUGGUCCCGCCGAAGAUCAACAGGCCCCCGAAAUGCCCGUUAAAGCCUCCCCACCAUCGUCCCCCUCUUGUUCUCUCAAGGGCGACACCGAUAACGACGUUUGGCUAGGUCAAACAGAAGCGGAAAUUAGUCCAUCAUGCGACUGUACUUCGCUAGCAGGUAAACCGGACAAUGACGGUGUGAAGGAUGAAGACGUUAUUCAUACACCUGCCGAUGGGGAUGUCCCUGCGAGUAAAACGGAGGUUGAUAAUAGGGAUAGUCCAUUAACAAGUGAAGGGGUUGUAGAGGGUGGAAAGAAGCCGAAUAAGGAUGAGAAGGGCGAUGAGGAUGAAGAUCAGGACGAUGAGGAGCAGGGCCGGAACCACCAGAAGGAUGAGGAAUAUGAUAAAAGCGGUCAAGGCGUAAGAGAUGAAAUUGGAGUGGAGGGUGAAGGGAACGUGAAAGAUGCGAAGAGCGUAACGGGAGAAGCGAGCGGGUCAAAGAAGAAGAAAAAGAAUCGACGACGGCGAUAACGCCAGAAGUGCAAAAGGUACAGGUGUCGUGCGAUAGAGGUAAUUUGUAGAUGAAAUAUAUUAUGACCACCUCAGGAUACCGAAGCUUCUCAUGGUUAUUAAUAAGUCAGGCGGAUUAUCAUAUCGCUCUAGUUAUGCAUUGCAAAAGAUGACAGAUAUGUAAAACGG